AUGCCCGAGGGGCACCAUUGUGAGUUUUGCCUGCGCGAGCAGGAGGAAGAGCAACCUCGGGUUGCCGAACGGUAUGAGCGGCCCGAAGUCCCAUACCAGAAGGGACUGGUGCUCCAAGUGAGAGCACACAUGCCGUUCGUGCCGUUCGGCAACCCGGGGUAUGCAGCCCCGUUUGAGAGCCGCGGUGAGGAGACAGCCUCUGCCCACGGGCAGGCUGACUGGUGCAUGGAGCACCCCUACCCGGAGACAGAGCCGCAUCCAGACCAGUCUGUCUUCAACCUCCACCUCCUCGACCCAGUGGCUGUGAGGGAUGGUAGGGGUGCUCAACUCCUGCGGUGCGAGUGGGAGGGACAAGAGGCCCGCGGCAAGCCUCUUGUCGCCAAGAUCUUCGACCCCAUGUACUAUGCCCGCGACGAAAUCGGCGAGGACGUCACCUGGGUCGCUGCGAGCGACUACUCGUGCGAGGCUGCUGCGUAUGAAGACCUCCAGGCAGCAGGUGUCGACGGCGUCAUGACGCCAAAGUACUACGGAUCAUGGACUUUUGACCUUCCCAUCGGAGAGGGCGAGACGCGACAAGUACACAUGGUCAUCAUCGAGUGGAUCGACGCCCCAACCAUGCUCUCAUACUGCGAAGAAAGACGAGUCCAUCACAUACCUCCACAGCGCCGUCUUGACAUCCUCGCGCAGGUCUUUGAAACUCGAGCCAAGCUGACAUUUUAUGGCGCCGAGAGCUUGGAUCUCGCACUGCGAAACGUUCUCAUCCAAGGAGAUUUGGAGAAUGAUGCGACCCCGCCGCGCGUCAUAUUCAUCGACUUCAACGACUCGUUUGCGCGGAACCGACCCAACUCCUUAUACCACGUGAUAUGGGACAAACCUCCAAACCCAAUGUGCCUAUACUGGAACAAGCGCUCAGCAGAAGAGUUCUCCGCCUGGAUUCCCGAGCCACACCUCUCAGACAUGGAUGCGUUCAACAAGUGGGUGAAGUCUCUCUGGGGAGAUUCGGACGAGUUUUGUGUCUCGCCGGAGUUUGAAGAUAUCCUCGAGACUAGAUCAUAUGCGGCCCUCGGCGACUCACCACCUCCUACGCCCCUGCCCGACGCAGAAUACUUUGAUGUUGAUCAGGAAGAAUGGCUCCCCGUCUCAGAAGCCGCAAAGUUUGAUCCAAAACUGUGGCCUGCUUUCGUGCCAGAUACAGAGUUUGAGUCGGACGAGUCGUGCUAUGGCUCGGAGGAGUCCAUGAGCGACGAAGACAGUUAG